AUGUAUGAUUCUCAGACCGUUAACACAAUUCAUGGAUGUGUGUUACUCAGACCGUUAACGCAAUUCAUGGAUGUGUGUUACCCAGACCGCUAUCGCAAUUCAUGGAUGUAUAAUGCUGAGAGCGUUAAUUACAAUUCAUGUAUGUAUGAUUCUCAGACCGUUAACACAAUUCAUGGAUGUAUGAUUCUCAGACCUUUAACACAAUUCAUGGAUGUGUGUUGCUCAGACCGUUAUCGUAAUCCAUGGAUCUAUAAUGCUGAUAGCGUUAAUCACAAUUCAUAG